UCUCUCUCUCUCUCUCUCACAUUGUUCGCGGCCCUCCCGGAACAGAACGACGAGGGUUUUUCUGCUGAAUUUUAUAAGCACAUUUUGUUUUGCUCCCUCUUUUUCUUCCGCGAGAGCUUUCGAAACGCACCGUUUCGUAUUCUGUCCGAUCGGCCAGCUGAACUCCGGCGAUGGGAGAGAAUCUCCGGGAGAAUACUCAGCCUCCGGAUUCGGAUCCCGAGUUGACUCUCGCCGUCUCCAAUUCGCCGUCCUCCUCCGCCAUUAUGCUUGACGCUUCCAAGGAGCUCCGGCUUCGUUGUUCGCAUGCAGCUUUGGAUGCAUCGAUGGAGUGGACAAAUGAGAAGCAUGAACUGUAUAUUAACUCUUUAGAAACAUCAUUUGUUAACAAGUUAUACCGUUCCAUGCGUUUGAGGGAGUGGAAUAAACAAAAGAACGUUAGAGGAACUCAUUCAUCACAUGAGUUGCCAUUCAAGACUCAGAAUUCUUCUGAGCAGUUCAUGGUUCUUCAAGAUGGCGGUUUGCAGAAAAUCAACCUUCAAAGGAAUGAAACUUUGAUGGAAAGCACAGCUGAUUCUCAUGUUACUUUGAAGAGUCCAGGCAUAAGUCAUUUUCUGUCUGCAGGAAAAGGCUGCAAUGGGUCAUCUCCUAAUCUUCGAGAGCAUGUCUUGUCUUGGAGUACGGGGAUCCACUUAAGAGAGAGGCUGACUUCGAAAAACAUCAAUGCCUCAUCAAGAGAAGUAUCUGGUCAGAACUUUGUGGAUGAAGACGAUGGAGAGAAGCUAAGAAAUGAAUCUGUACCAAAAAGGCAUAAAAGAGCUGCGGCUGAUGCUUUCAGCAAUGAUCAACUUGUGCCUUCGGGAAAUUUUGAUACUAAAGAGGUUUCAGUGGUCCAUAAUGUUCCCUUUGAAGGAGUAGAGCGUACAACAAAUUGCUGUUAGAGCACCAGGUGAGCUUCAUAUGUCCGAAUUCUGAUCUUCGCUAUGCCUAAGAGGAAGCUGAGCUGCAACGUCGUAUUGAAGUUUUGACAGGUAAACAUUACAGAUUCAUUGGAAGGAUAUACUUUACAUUUUCAGCUGUUGGAAGAUGGCUAAUGCAAUCGCAUACAUGGAGGAGACCAUCUCCGUUCUUCGGGCAAAAGUUUACAUGGAAGAGACCAUCUCCGUUAGACUUCGGCAGUAGGUUUAGUUGAUAAUUCACAUUGGUAGCGGUCGAGAUAGGUUUCUCCAGUGUAUGGAAUUCCAUUAUGAUAUUUCUAAUUUACUUUGUGGACAAAUUUCAGAACAGGUGAAUUUUGUUAUAGCAUUUGGUAGUUUCUCUUU